AUGUCAGAUUCCUAGGAUUCAUAAUCAUUAGAUAAGUCUAUAAUGUAAAAUGAAUUUAAAAAUGAGGAAUAAGAAUUAGUUGAAUAGAAUCAAUAAAUUAAAAAAAUAUAGGAUAAUGAAAUUUUAGAAAGGGAGAUCAGAUAAACAGAAGAUGUUGAAAUAAAAUAAAAGAAGGAUGAGGAGAUAAUAUAUAUGAAUGUAGAAUAAAAAAAAGAAGUAAAAGUCAAUUAUGAACUCAUUGAUUAAAAUUCAAUUAAAUAAAAUGAAUGGUGUUGUGCUGUUGCUUUUAAUAAGGAUCAAUAAAUUGUGGUUGCCGGUUGUAAUGAGAACAUUAAAGUAUUUAAACAUAAUUAAGGUAAACUGGAUCAAAUUUAAUUGUUAAGUGGACAUAAAAAAAGUGUGCUAAUUUUAAGGUUUAUGAGUACAAAUAAUUUUGUUUCUGGAGGUGGUGAAAAUGCAAUUAUAAUAUGGUAAGAGAUUGGAUAUCAUUAAUGGAAUUGUUAAUAAAAAUUAAUUGGACAUUUAGAUCCUAUUUAUUGUUUAAUAGUAAAUAAUAAUGAUAAUCUCAUUAUAUCAUGUAGUCAUGAUUGCACAAUAAAUUUUUGGAUUAAAUAGAAAUAAUGGUUAUGUUAACAAACAAUAUCUGAUCAUUAAGAUUAAAUAUAUUCAUUAAGCUUAAAUGAACAAUAAAAUAAAUUGAUUUCUUGUUCUAAAGAUUCAUACAUUUUAGUUAUAGAAUAAUCAACAUAAGAUUAAUAAUGGUAUGUAACAUAAAAGAUAAAAGUAGAUUAAUUUGGAUACAGGAUAUGUUUUAUUAAUGAUAACUUUUUCAUAUUCUAACCUUAUUGUUAAGAAUAAAUGCAUGUGUAUGAAAUGGAUAGUCAUAGGUAAAUAUAUAUGAAGACAAAAGAGAUUUUUGUAAAUUGUGAUUCUAUUUAUUGUGAAUUAUUAUUUUCAUAAUAAUACUUAAAGUUAAAAUGUAUUCUGGUAAUAAGAAUGGUAGGAAUGUGA